CGCACCGGCCCCCGCCCCCACAGCCCCCCUGCACGUCCCAUCUGAACGCUCCAGCCCGGCCGGCGCUGGGGCCGCGGGAGGGCGAGUUCAGGUCCAGAAAAAUCCAUCUCGCCAAAGGCCCGGAAAAGGAUCCCCCGGGGCAGGAAGUUUUAUCCGCGAUGCCCGCAGCCCCGGCAAAGGCCCGGGGGUGACUCCCUGGGCCGGGGAACUUCCCUGUCCGGCACGAGCCGCACACGCGCCGGGACGCGCAGUCCGAGCCGGGACAUGGGCCGGCGGCGCCCGCGGUUCCUGUGGCUUCUGUGGCUCUUGUGGCUCCUGCGGCUCCAGCCCAGCGCGGCCGCAAAGGGGCGUCCGCCGCGAUCACACUCUCUGCACUACCUCUUCAUGGGUGCCUCCGAAUGGGACCUUGGGCUGUCCCUGUUUGAGGCGCUGGGCUAUGUGGAUGACCAGCUGUUCGUGGCCUACAAUCACGAGAGUCGCCGGGCAGAGCCACGCGCCCAGUGGAUCUCAAGGGCUGCCACGAGCUCGCUGUGGCUGACGCUGAGUCAGAGCCUGAAAGGGUGGGACCAUAUGUUCAUCGUGGACUUCUGGACCAUCAUGGACAACUACAACCACAGCAAGGCAACGAAGCUGGGGGUGUUGGCGGAGUCCCACACCCUGCAGGUGAUGCUGGGCUGUGAGGUGCGGGAGGACAACAGCACCACGGGCUUCUGGAAGUACGGGUACGACGGGCGGGACCACCUCGACUUCCGGCCCGAGACGCUGGACUGGACGGCGGCCGAGCCCAGGGCCCAGGCCACCAAGCGGGAGUGGGAAGUGACCAAGAUCCGGGCCAGGCAGAACAGGGCCUACCUGGAGAGAGACUGCCCCGAGCAGCUGCGCCAGCUGCUGCAACUCGGGAGACGGGAUUUGGAGCGGCAAGUGGCACCUGCGGUGAAAGUGACUCGGCACAUAGCCCCUGCCGCGACCACUCUGUGGUGUCAGGCUCGGAGCUUCUACCCCCCGAACAUCACCAUCAAGUGGCUGAAGGACAGGAAGUUGCUGGACGCCCGGGACAGCGGGCCUCAGGACGUGCUGCCCAGCGGGGACGGGACCUACCAGGGCCGGGUGGCCUUGACCGUGCCCCUGGGGGAGGAGCAGAGAUACUCCUGCCAGGUGGAGCACCCAGGCCUGGACCAGCCCCUCGCUGCCGCCUGGGAGCCCUCGCCGUCCAGUGCCCUGGUCAUCGGAGUCACUAGUGCCAUCGCUGUUUGCGUCAUUAUCCUCUUCGUCGGCGUUCUGCUCAGAGUCUCGAGGAAGAGGCAGACUUUGAGAGGAGCCCUGGGGGACUACGUCUUAACUGAAUGCGAAUGAGCUGGAGGAGCUGGGAGGAGGGAUGCCUGGGAACGUCUUGCUUCAGGGAUGCACAGGACAGCGGAAACUCCACCCAACUCUCAACCAUCCUCACUCACUCUCAAGACACUUGCCCUGCGCUGGAGAGACGGUACAGCGGGUAGGGUACUUGCCCUGCACACAGCCCACCCGGGCUUGAAUCCCAGCCCCUUGUGUGGUUGGUUCCCCGAUCACUCCUCCAGAUGUGCUCCUUGAGCCCAGAGACGGGAGUUAGCCCUGAGCUGGGCCACAUGUGGCCCCCAAGCCAACCAAACACGUUCCCCACUUAGCCACUUGUUUGCUCCUGUGGUACCAGACCCAAGGCCUCACACAUACUCGCCCACCCUCCCUACAGCUUUCGGGUCCCUCUGUCCUCAACACCCCAACCCUGACCGCCCUCAAAGACCCAACUCUCAGGACUGUCUUCAUUUCCCACAUCUUCCCGGCCCAUAUGCGCAUCUGUCCUCUGUCUCCCUUUGGGAGGGGCUCUGGGGGGUGGGGGGAUUACAGUGUUUUUAAGUGUCUGAGGGAGGCGAUGGCCUUUGCUCUCAGACAAGCUUGGAUUCCUCCCUCAGCCCUGCACACACAUACACACCUUCCCUGGGCUGUUCAGGUUCCCUUUAGGCCUGUGAUUCAGUAAUUCAAGCUCCGUGGGUAUCUCCAGCUGGCUGCCCCCGCCACCAACCAUCCCGCUGUGCCCACCCAUGGGUGUCUGUGCAAAUCAAUGCAAAGUGGGGAAAGUGUCUGGAGAAGGGGUGCCUUCUUCGAAGUUUCCCAGAGUCGCCCCAUAGUUUUCCUCAGAUUAAUACUACCUGCAUUUAUGCUUCUCUGUAUGCCCCACUUAGAUGUUCUGUUUGCCUUCUCCUUGUUCCAAUUAUAGAAAAACACACACACACACACACACACACACACACACACACACACACACAAAGCAAGGGCUGGACAGAUAGUACAGCAGGUAAGGUGUUUGCCUUGCACAUGGCCAACCCAGGUUCAACAUGGUCCCCUGACCUCAGAAGCAGGAGUAAGCUCCAAGCACCACCAGGUGUGGUCCAAACCCAAAAGCAUUUAAAAAAAAAAAAAAGAUGGUUUUGAUAAUGUGGCUGAAACUUAGAAAAAUAGUGCUUAUUUGGUAACAGAUUCAGUUCUGAGCAUCAAUUCACCUUCUUUAUCACAUGGAAUUUAUUUUUUGGGUGGAGGCAGUGGACACAGCUGUACUCGGACCCUGCUCAGCUCAGGGAACCACAAGGUGCUAAAAAUCAAACCCAGGGCGUCAACACAAGGCAUGAACUCUCCCACGGGGCCACAUCCUCAACCACAGUAGGAAGGUCUUGAGGUAGAUACUGUUGGUCUCAUUUGUCACAAUUUUUUUUUCUUUUUUCAGUCACACCCAGCAAUACACAGGGGCUAUUCCUGGCUUUGCACUCAGGAAUUACUCCUGGUGGUACUGGGGAGACCAUCUGGGAUGCUGGGAAUCAAACCCAUGUCAGCCGUGUGCAAGGCAAACACCUUACCCACUGUCCUAUAGCUCCAGCCCCUUGGUUGUAUUUUGGAUGAAGGUGUUGAGAGCCUCCGUUUGUCAGGGAUCAAAGACACGGUUCAGCCGUGGGUCUGGUUUUUGGCCCACCCAUACAUGCUUCCAGCCCCUGGAGGAAACAGAGAAGGGAGACGACGGCUCUGCUUUGCCGUUCAACUGUCUUCUAGCUCGACUCUGUGCAUCUGAGGCCGGAGGCCAGCACUGCGACUGGUGGGAUGGGUUGGGUUAGUCGCUGUGUUGGAACCCGAGGGUGCCCCUCCACUGUGUCACCACUCACCUUGUAAACUGGAGCCACUGUGUUCGAGAUGAUAAGACACAUUUCCACAGACUGCAGGAUAUCCCACGGGUUCCCAGGGCCCUUGGAGCUGGUUCUCAUCUCCAGCUGGGCUUUUUGUUUAAAAAAAAAAAAAAAAUUAAGCAAAUCACUCAGGAAUCCCUGGAUUCUGGGAAUGUAAUUCAUCUGACAUUCCAAAGAGGACUAACAACUGACCCUUGUGCUUCUGUUGCUACAAACUGGAACAAGUCAUCUGGGACGACAAGCAAAUCCGGAGACCAACUGACUCCAGUGCUCAUCUGGUAUAGACUAUUGGUUCCAGGAGGUUGCGACUAUUUUUUCUAAAUCAUUUGUUCUGGGAACAAAAGCCAAGUGACUAAAAGGAACAUAACUGGUUUUGUGUAGAAAAGUUGAAAUUUGUAAUUGAAAUAGUCCUUCCAUUCGCCAUUGAUAAGCUCCACAGACAUUUAUGUACUUCCUUUCAGUGUUGAACCAUCUCAGAUGAAACAAGUCUAUCUCUCUUAAUCACUCACACAGCAGGAUUUACCUAAAAUUUUGCCUAUCUUAUGUAAUCAAUUUAAUCAUUAAUCAUGUCUUGGAGGAAAAUUGAUAUUGUUUUUAGUUUUUUAACAUUUGGUCUUACGGACUAUUUUCA